AAGGGCUCGUAGCCACAAGCUCGAGCCUUGUCCCACCCCCCCUCUUUCUCAAUCCACUCCGAUGAAAGAUGAACUCAGUACUCCAAACUUCCGCCAAGCCGCCGCCUCCGUCACCGCUGCCACUGCGUCCGCCGCCGCAGACCCACCCUUCCACUCUCUUCCCCCAGAUCACCAAAUGCAGGACCCUCGCGGAGCUGAAGCAGGUCCACGCACACAUGAUCAAGAGCGCCCAAAUCCACGACCCCCUCGCCGCCGCCGAGCUCCUCCGGUACCUCUCCCUCUCCCCCCACCGGGAUCUCGCCUAUGCUGUCUCCUUCUUCCGCCUGAUCCCCCGCCCCAACUGCUUCUCCUGGAACACCAUAAUCCGGGCCCUCUCCGAGAGCGGCGACGACAACGAUGACCCUGUGAGGGCUAUCGCCCUGUUCGUGGAGAUGGUCUGCGAUGAGUCGGUAGAGCCCAACCAGUUCACUUUCCCUUCCGUGCUGAAGGCCUGCGCUCGGUCUGGCCUGUUCGAGGAAGGGCGGCAAGUUCAUUGCUUGGCGGUUAAGAAAUCUCUGGACUGUGACGAAUUCGUCGUCUCCAAUCUGGUUCGGAUGUACGUUCUCUGUAGAGCCAUGGUUGAUGCUCACCGGAUUUUCGAUAUGAGAGUGAUUAAAAAUCAUAGCUUGAAUGAAUUUACGAAGAGGAGGCGAGAGGGCGAUGUUGUCCUGUGGAAUGUGAUGGUCGAUGGAUAUGUUCGGGCUGGGAAUUUCGCCGCUGCUCGAAAGCUGUUCGAUGAAAUGCCUCAUCGAAGUGUUGUCUCGUGGAACGUAAUGAUUUCAGGUUAUGCACAGAAUGGCCUGUUCAAAGAGGCAAUAGAGGCAUUCCACGAGAUGCAGCAGAUUGGGGAGGGCGAAUUGGGCCCAAACUACAUUACCUUAGUCAGCAUCCUCCCUGCAAUUUCCCGCCUUGGAGCCCUCGAGUUGGGCAAGUGGGUACACCUGUAUGCAGAGAGGAAUGGGAUUGAGAUUGAUGAUGUGCUCGGGUCUGCCCUAGUCGAUAUGUACUCCAAAUGCGGGAGCAUUGAGAAAGCGGUGCAGGUAUUUGAGAGGCUGCCUAGGAGGAACCCGAUCACAUGGAAUUCGAUCAUAGGAGGGCUUGCGAUGCAUGGGAGGGCUGAAGAUGCGCUCAAUUAUUUCUGGGAGAUGGAAAAGUUUAAAGUCACUGCCACUGAUGUUGCCUAUAUCUCGGUCCUGACUGCCUGCAGUCAUGCAGGUCUGCUGUCCGAGGGCCGGUCUGUUUUCCACCAUAUGGUGAAUGUAGCUCGAUUGGAGCCGAGGAUCGAGCACUAUACCUGCAUGGUUGAUCUACUGGGUCGGGCUGGGCAUUUGGAUGAGGCUGAGCAGCUGAUUACAAACAUGUUGCUCGAGCCCGACGAUGUUAUAUUGAAGGCCUUGUUGGCUGCCUGUAAGUUGCAUGGGAACAUUGAGAUGGGCGAGCGGAUUGCCAAGAGGCUAAUGGAGUUGGCUCCAACAGAUAGCGGGCCCUAUGUGGUGCUCUCGAACAUGUUCGCCUCCGUAGAAAAUUGGGAGGCAGUAUCGGAGGUGAGGUUGACAAUGAAGGAGAUGGACAUCACGAAAGAUCCUGGUUGCAGUUGGAUCGAGAUCGAUGGGAUCAUACACGAGUUCGUGGUCGAGGACGGCUUGCAUCCUCAGGCCCGAGAGAUCCAUUCCAUGCUGGAGGAGAUUUCGGACAAGCUGAGGUUGUUGGGCUACAGGCCCAACACAAGUCAGGUGUUGCUUAAUGUUGGUGAGCAGGAGAAAGAGAUAGCCCUUCACUAUCACAGCGAGAAGAUUGCCAUAGCAUUCGGGCUCAUCAGCACGGGUCCGGGGUCCCCGCUCCGGGUCGCCAAGAACCUGAGGAUCUGCGAGGACUGCCAUGAGUCGAUGAAGCUGAUCUCAAAGGCCUAUAACCGUAAGAUAGUUGUGAGAGACCGGAGAAGGUUUCACCAUUUUGAGGAUGGGUCCUGCUCGUGCGGGGGCUACUGGUGAAUUCUCCGGUCUUGGAGUUGUGUUACUAUCAGAUUCGGGUUGUCGAUUCGGAUUGUAAAUAAGAUUCAAAUCGAGAUGUAAACCGUGGAAAAUCAGAAGAAAAAUGUAAAGCGUUCUUCCAAAAGUUAAAAGACUCUUUGGCAUAGAAUGAAUCGAAUAGAAUGGAUUUGGUAGCGAAGGAAGUGAAAUUUUUUGGUAUAGUUUAGGUCGCUCCAGAAAUUAUGAAGGAUAAUAUUUCUUUA